CCUAGAUUUUGACAACCUGCUGCUGGAUGCAUCGUCUAUCGAGCGUUUGAUAAGAAGAAAUAAAAAUUGAUAAAAAGCAGCAUUACCAUCUACUGCUGCGCGCAAUAUACGGUAAACGCCAGUCCUGUCUGUGCACAGUUUGUGCAGCCGUUUGUUCCGUUCCUAUAGCGCUUCCUAUUUAGCAGCUGUUUUCCUUUACAUCGUCGACCAGCAACAGAACUCCAUUGCGAAUAUUUCCACCCGCAAACAGGCUUCUAAUCGUGCGUUGUUUACCAUUGGUGUGAUACAAUUGUCUGAGUCUGCCUUUUUUUUGUUUUGUGCUCUAACUGUGUAUUGUAAUGUAACAGCAGUUUCCUCUGCCACUACCAACCCGUAAUCAGCGUCACAGUCAAUUUAAUCAGAGAAAAACAUUAUCAUCAUCGAACCGGAUUGUGGCCCCGUGGUGUGGUCGGAUAUUGCGCGAGUGGGCUUUACCCACGCGUUUUGUACACAUCAUCAAACUCCAUCGCGCUGUGGACGCCAUUUAAUCGAUGAUUGGUGGUGAUUAGAGGCGCCGAUUCCACGCGCAAAGAAAAUUCUUCUCAUAUCAACCCGCAGUAGUGUGCUACAGCGUUUAGUGGCUUCAUCCCCAUCAUCUCCACCAGCCAGCGCCUGCUAGCACCAUGUUCCAGAAGCGGCAGCUACGCAUCAUCUACCUGGUGAUUCUGAUCGUCGUGAUUGUGCUGAUCUACAAGAGCUUCACCCAGCACAGGCAGAACGAGGAGGAUGUGGAGCAAACGUCCGGUGGUGACGCCUUGCAAAAGCCUAACGCACCCGUCUACGUGGUCGUGUACUACGAGGCACUGUGUCCGGAUUCGAAAAACUUUGUCCUGCACCAGCUACUGCCAGCGUACGAGCGUGCACCGGAGCUAAUGGACAUAGAGUUUGUGCCGUUCGGAAAAGCUUCGUGGACUACAAAGUCCGAUGGUUCGCUAGAGUUCGAUUGCCAGCACGGUCCGAUCGAGUGUGAAGCGAAUACGAUCCAUGCCUGCGUGGUGGAAGCCGUUCGGGAGCCCCGGACCCGGCUCGACAUGGUGGCCUGCAUGAUCAAGAACAACAUUAUCCCGCGGGACACUUUCUACCGCUGUGCCAAGGAGCACGGUGUGGAGAUCGAAUCGAUCAAGAAGUGUUACGACAGUCCGCACGGUGCGGAACUGCUGAAGGUGCACGGUGAGGCAACGCACGCCCUACGACCGGCCGUUACCUUCAUACCGACCGUAACGCUCGACGGUGCGCAGUACGUGCAGAAAUCGAUCCUGAAGGAUCUGUUCGGCAAUGUGUGCCAGGUGGUGUCGGGCCGUGGACCGAAACCGGAUGUGUGCAAAUGAUAGCAGCUAGUGUUGCACUUCCUCGCGCGCUACCUGCAGUCGGAGCUGUUGGACGAAGUCCGCCAACUGCCCGGACAGUUGCGGCGAGGAUUGUUUUGGCUGCUAAACUAAACCUGUGCGCGGUCGGGAGCGAGUGGAGCGAGCGCAUACUUCGCAUCAAGUCCAUCCAAAGUCUAAAUUGCCGCUUUCCGCAUUUGUCGCAAGAGUCCUCCAACGACUCUACUCCUCUAUUGUAAUUUAUUUCUUCCUUCCCUGUUUCGUUUUUUGGGGGUGAUUCUGUCCAUGAUAAGCUCAUCACCCACUUCCAUCUCCAAGCUACUCAAAGUUGGAGCCUGGAGAGAGAAAAAAAAACUAGAUCAAAUAUUAAUAGUGCAAUGUAGUGUGAAAGCAGAAGGCUUCGAUCGUUGCCAAGGCGACGCAGAGGCUAGCGCACCCUUCUCCCCAGCAGUAGUCCGUACGCCCAAUCGUGGUAGUCCGUGUAGUUCCGGUUGCAGUGCAUCUCCGAUAUGAAUGUAGUACAGUUUCAAUUCCACACUAACAUUACGAUUGCUUCCAGCUGCUAUGGUCGGCGGAGCAUCGGAAUCCACCGUACAGGGCAGAAGAGAGCGAAAAGGCAGGCAAACAGUUACUUUAAGUUAAAUGUAGCCGAUAGAUGGGCAGUUUUCCUAACGUGAAAGGAGAGUAUUUCCGGGUUCGGUUUGUUUAGUUUGUGCUUGGUGGGACAGGAAACGGAAACAGCGGUAGGAACUGUUUUCUACUAGAGACUGAGCAUUUAACACACGCACACACACACAAGUACGUAACGAAUUUAGUAUGUCAGCGAACAUUUUGCAAUACCAGUAAGAUAAAAAAACGGGGGGAAUUCGUAUUACGGAAGGCGAUCGGUUCAUUCUAUUUGUUGUGUGUUCCGUUCCGUUUUAUGUAGGUUUUGUUUUUGGGUGAUAUUUAAACAUAGUUUUGAAACAGAUUGUUGUUAAGAUCGUAAUAGUGGAUCAAUUAAAUUAUUAAUAAAAAAAAAACGAACACAGCCGUUUAUCGCUCUAUCGAAGUAAA